AUAGUGGUGUCGUCAUGGCGAUGGCACCAGCGAGUGGGGCGGUGGCAGCGCCGGCGAAUGAUUCGGCGCUCGAUCCUGUCGCGCAGUGCGCUCUGGCGACGCUCAAUGUGAUGCGGCUGCUUCACGAUUCGUCGCCGUGCAAGAGCUUAGAAAGGCUGCCAAGGGAUUUGUCGGCAAAGCUACCGAGCAUCAGGAACACAGGUUCUCUUUUGCACCAAAUGCCAGCAGUUGUGAUUUCUCUCGAUACUUGCCUUGACAGUGCCGUUCAAAAUGCUCGACUACUCAAGGAUGUGAGACGACUGCUCUCUUCUGAAAAUUCUGAAAAGUCACUGGAGUCUGAUAGAAACGAAGACGCGAGCCAGGAAAAACAGGUAACUUCGAUUAAUUAGAGUGCAAAGAAUGAGAGUGAAUGGUUUUCUUGAUGACGAAGAUCUGUGCUAGAGCUUUCCAAUCAGUGACUUACCUUGACAUCGAUCUCCAGGAUGACUGAACCACCACUGGCGGACGCGGUCUUGAUGGUAGCGUAGCCCCGAGCAUUGCGAAACUGGCCGGUUCCUCCGAUAACAGCGAUCUCCCGGACAGCCUCCGAGGUGUCGUCGGAUCCGUGGAAGCUCAGCGUGCUCCCCUUGAAGUCGCCCGUCUGGAACACGGCACUGAAAGUGAGGAGCAAGCUCCUCCCGUCCAUGGACGCGACGAUCCAAGUCCCCUGGCCCCUUCCAAUCGCCGGAGACGAUGCGUCGGCCCCCUGAGUGAGCGGAUCAUCGAUGACGCUCACGGUGCCGAAGCCCGCGGUUCCAGGCCCCGCGACCAUGACGACGCUCUGGUUUGGAGGAGUCAUGUUGUCGUGCAUGUAGAAGCGGAGGCUCGUGUCCUUGGCAGCGGCAGCAGCGAUCCAGACGAGAAUUGCGACUGCCCAGCAGUGGAUCAGGGGUGGAGAGGCGAGCAUUCUUACAGAUUUUCGAUGGAGAACUCCUUGUGAUCACGCGCGCUUCGAGAAAGACCAAGCAUGCUCUGCUUAAAUAAUGGAAAGUCUUCUCUCCA